UCCAUCCAGGGUGACGCCAGUCCCUCUCACCCCGCCCCGUUCAACUCAGUCCGCUGCGUUCAUUUCAUUCCUGCUCCCAUUCCGCGCAUAUUUCGCAUCCUUGGAGAGACGCUGCGCAUUUUACGCACUCAGCGCACCCGAUCCUUCCUUAAACCAAAACCGAGAGGAGACUCUGGAGUUGACGGAGUGCUUCCCGAUGCUUUAAGGACUCCAAUCCGUGGGAAAGUGUGGGAAUAAAUCCAUAAAGAGGCGUUUGAAUCGAGAGCUCCUGGUGUCUGACGUUGGAUCUCUGACUGCCUGGCAGGGUUGUCUACAUCCUACCAGCCUCCAUCCCGUUUGUUGUUGAUAGUUAGCACAGCAUCUGGUUAAAGAUAGCCGCCAGUAUGGAUCACAGUAGCUGGAGUGGCAGUGAGAGUGGAGGGGAGGACAUGGACAGACUGAGUGACUCAGGAGGGGAUAAGACCAUGGACGGAGACCCUGAGGGAGUCUGGAGCCCUGACAUCGAGCAGAGCUUCCAGGAGGCCUUGGCCAUCUACCCACCAUGUGGAAGGAGGAAAAUCAUCCUGUCAGACGAAGGAAAGAUGUACGGUCGAAAUGAGCUGAUAGCCAGAUACAUUAAGCUCCGAACAGGCAAGACACGGACGAGGAAACAGGUAUCCAGUCAUAUACAAGUUUUAGCCAGAAGAAAAUCCAGGGAGUUUCAAUCCAAAAUAAAGGACCACAAUGCGAAGGAGAAGGCACUGCAGAGCAUUUCAUCCAUGUCCUCAGCUCAGAUCGUCUCAGCAACAGCCAUACACAGCAAGCUCCUGCCUGGAAUAGUACGGGCUAGCUUUCCCAGCAACGCACAGUUGUGGCAGGGGAUGAUACCAGGAGGACAGUCCAGCUCCACCACAGAAGAUAUCAAGCCGUUCUCUCAGCAAGCCUACUCUGUGCAGACAGCAGGGACCACCACAAUCUCAGGCUAUGAGCCUCCCACUGCUGCCCAGACGCACAGAGAGCCAGCGUGGCAUGGUCGCUCCAUCGGCACCACAAAGCUACGACUGGUGGAGUUUUCGUCUUUCCUGGAGACCCAGAGGGACCAGGAUGCAUACAACAAGCACAUGUUUGUGCACAUCGGCCAGAGCAGUCCGAGCUACAGCGACCCCCUGCUGGAGUGUGUGGACAUCAGACAGAUCUACGACAAGUUCCCGGAGAAGAAGGGCGGCCUCAAGGAGCUGUUUGCCAAGGGACCGCAAAAUGCCUUCUACCUGAUCAAGUUCUGGGCGGACCUGAAUCACAACCUGCAGGACGACCCUGCAGCCUUCUACGGUGUCACCAGCCAAUAUGAGAGCUCAGAGAAUAUGACCAUCACUUGCUCCACCAAGGUCUGCUCCUUUGGCAAGCAGGUGGUGGAGAAGGUGGAGACGGAGUAUGCAAGGUUUGAAAACGGACGCUUCGUCUACAGAAUCAGCCGCUCUCCGAUGUGUGAAUACAUGAUCAACUUCAUCCACAAGCUCAAACACCUGCCUGAGAAAUACAUGAUGAACAGCGUGUUAGAGAACUUCACUAUUCUGUUGGUUGUGAGCAACAGAGACACUCAGGAGACCUUGCUUUGUAUGGCGUGUGUGUUCGAGGUGUCCAACAGUGAGCAUGGAGCACAGCACCACAUCUAUCGACUCGUCAAAGAAUAACACACUUACUCAUACACACUCAAACACACGUAUGGCCUUUGCUUAAUGAUUUAUUGUAACAUUGGAGGUAAAUGUUUGAAAACUGCAUUCUACAAUAGUGUCUUUCAACAAAAAGCUCGACUUAAUUAACUCAACUUUGUGAAGAAGAAAACUGCUGCUUACAGUACAAUACAUUACAGCAGUGAAAGGGUCAUGUAUCACAUAUGAUACAGUAGCCUGCAGAAUCCUCUCCAAUACAAGUCAUUUAACUCAUCAAUAUGAACUACUGUAUCUGAAUUUAGGAUGCACAUUAGGUUUAAAAAACAACAACAACAAAAAAGCCCUGUGGCAGUGCAGCCAUUGAAACCGAUUAGAAUGAAGCUGGUUGGUUUUCUCAGCAUCCUGACUCCACCGGGAGAUUUCAUGCCUCCUCCUGGUUUCUCCUCCUCUUCUCAACGCUUAAAUUUAGUAUUUUGAUGUUCUGAGGUGGGACAUCACACUGGUAUUUCUGUCAUGUGUUUUGGAGAUUGAACCUUGGAGGAAAAAAAACAUCUCCAGUUUUCCCCCUCAACAAAAGUGUGUUAUCUGCUCAGAUACUGAUGGACACUGAAGAUCAGACCCUGUGUAUCUUAUAUAACCAAAAAAAGAAGAAAUACACUGCACUAACAUAAAGUACAGUUAACAGGUGUUUUUUUACAGAUAGCAUCUGCAAAAUAGUGUGAGCUGCAUACCUGCACAAAAAGGGGUUUGUCCAAAGAAAAGAGAGAACAAUUUUACCUUUUUGUAUGUUUUCUUAAAAAAAAGAUGGCUACUUUGCAAAAUUGUUUAUUGAUAUAAGCAUAUAGACUAUAUUUUAAUUCCAGGAACACUAUCAAAAUGUAUGUUAUAGGAUAGUAUAAUUGAAAUUCAACAAUUCAGGUAACUUUAUGUGCAAAAAGUGAAACUUUAUCAAGAUUUUAUGAAUAAAUGUUCCUGUUAAACUUCUAGUCCUUUAGAGUUCAGUCUCACUUUGUGAUUAUUGAAAAAAGCUAGCCAGGGAUAAACAUAUUCUGCUUCCUGUGACUGCUUCAUAAUUAACAACUUUAAAGUAAGUUCAAUGCUUUUAAUAUAGUAGCAAAAUGAAUGUUGUUCUCACAUUCAUAGUGAUUUAAUGCAGCUCCGAUUCAGAGGUUAGAGAGCAAACAUUCAUAUGUUAGGGCGAUACAAAUGGUAUUAAUUUGCAAAAAUAAAACUCUUGAGUUAUGUCAUGUGAGACAGUCUGAGUAUUAUUAGGGACACACUAACAGCCAAAACCACCAUGUUUAGAGGUAAUCACAAAUGUGAAAUAUAUUGAAAAGCUGUUGCUAAAAAAAAAGUGCAGAGCAUUAUAAACACAUAACCGGUUUGAAAUUCUUGAAAAUUAUGAGGAUUAUAAUAAUAAAAUAAAAAUGUCUCAAGGUCUGAGCGAUGCGAGGCACUGAGACUCUUUGAAAACAACAACAAAGGGAUGAAACAUAAACCAGACCACACACCAUAAAAACCAGUCUGAUUUUUCUGAGCAGUCACUCUUUACAAAGAUGUCACUACAAUAUUCUUACACCAGCUAAUUUGAGCUUUAACAUAUCCAUAAUGUCAAACUUAUUCAAGCCUAAAAUCUUCAUUUGGGGAGUUUUCUGUGUUAGGACCGCUGAUUCAGUUGUUGUUUAUGUAAGUUUGUAAGUUUAAAAAAAAAAAUGUAAUUGAUGAAGAAACAGUUCCCUUUAAUCAGUCCUGAACUGGCACCUUCCAUUAAGAUUAUAUAAUGUCAGAAUUUAAGUAAUUUAUGAAUCAAAACCAAAAAAAAUGUCAAUUGUGUUCUAGCAGUUAAUCUAAUGGUGGUAUACCUGUGCCAUGCUCAAAAGCAUGAAGUGCCUUUGGUUGGGAAUAGAAGCAGAACUCAGACAUGUUAUGUGAUGAAGCUGGCAUACAUCAUACAGGCCUACUCCUGUUCUCUACAGUGUGUCUGAGAGGACAUUCCUUAUGUUAUGCUUGUUACUUAUUACUUGAAGACAGCCAGCACUGAAUCAUCCAAGAGAAUGUAGAAUAGUUUUAUUUCACACAGGUUGUUAUUGAGACACACUCUUGUCCGUUGGCAGAAUCUAUAUGUGUUUACGUAUGUAUGAUAAAUUCAUAGUGAACUGCUUGCACUCUUGGCUGCUGAUAAAAUGCUUCUUUGAUCUGUUUCUCCCUGAGAAGUCCAUAUCUUAAUUUGCUCAUCUCCCAGUCCUGCAGUCAAAUCAAUUUAACAUAACAUGGUUGAAAGCAGGUUCAUAAAGUAGGAUGAAGUUCUGUUGACAUUGUUCUACUUACAAUCCUAAAAUAAAUAGUUUCGUUUAUAGGACAUCAUCUCAUUCUCUCUGCCUUGUUGAGGGUCAGAUCAGAAGAGUGUCUUGUGUCUUUUUCAAACAGUAAGAGGCUGGAGCAUUACAUCGGGCUUAGCUUAGUUCAUCACAAAGAGCAGAAAAACAGGCAGUUAAUAAACAUAUCUUUCUCUCUGAUAAACAUUUUAAUAUGUGCACUGUUAGUCCAAGAAGUUUCAGUCUACAAAUUAACGAGUAAUUACCCCCCAUCUAAACACUAAAUAAAAAAGUAUCCUCCUGGUUUGGUUUGGAAAAAGAAAUCUAAUGUAUGUUUUCCUUUUUGAACAUGUAGCAGGCUAGCUGAAUCCCUCUAUCACCAUUCUUUGUACAAAGCUAAGAUAAUCCACUACAAACAUGAUGUGGUAAUUAUCUUCUCAUCCAAUUCAGAGCUGAAGUGUGAACAGUCAUUUCUCACUAUUCAAAAGCUGUACAGGAACACCUUGUCUUCAUCCAGCGUGUAUUUAUCAGAUAACUUAUUUACUCAUCACAGUGACAUCCUGAACAGAACCUCACUUUACAUAGUUGGUGGUAGAGGUGAAGAGUCCUAACAAACUCUGUGCACAAACGAAGGCCAACACAAACACCAGUAAUGAUUUAUUAUUACAGUAAAGAGUAGGCCUACAGUUUACCUGGUAAACACAGUGUUGUUUUCUGUUUGCCCGUCUGCAAUACUACAAGGUGUCCACACAAAAAUACCACAUUUAGCUAAGGGCAACCAUUCUGGUCUUAAUGCCUGUGAUGUGUCACCUUCAGUAAUAUUUGGUCUUUAAACAGCAUUUUUAAACACAAAUCAUUUUGUCAAGAAACCCCUGUUUACACCCUGCUCAAACUUUUUUCAGAUCUUUGUCUCACACUAGGGUAGAUUGUUGUUUGCAGUCAAGCUACUCGACCUUCUCUAGAGUGUAAUAAACACAUCAUGUGACCUCUACAUGAUAACUUGUCACAGCCUUACAGGGGCGGAUUCUGCAAUAAUGACCCUCUGUCAGGACAUCAUCCACAACCUGCUGACCAAAGACUACAAGUAUUUAAGACAGAAAUAUCUCAAUGGAUGCACUUCUAUGCCAGGCUCAACACAUAGAUUAUAAACCCCAUUUACCACUUGACCUUUAUUUAAUAUGACUUUAUUUGACUUGAUAUGGACACCUCUUAUGAUAUGAGUUGGUGUAGAUCAACGCCCUGUAUGAGAACAUCAUAAUUGUUCAAAUUAACAAGGAUUCAGCUGUAAGGUUUUUCAAAUUAUUUUCACCAACUAGUGAAUGUGCUCUCUUUAGUUCCCACAAAGAGCAGUGUUUCAUCAAGGACAAGGUUAAAACUGACAGGUUUCAGAAUCAUUGUUGUCUGUGUUGUUAAUGUAUUCUCGUGUGUGGAAACCUGGAUAUGUAUCUUCUUUACUGAACCACAUGUGGCACAGAUACUAUGUUUGUAAUCAUAUCCAAAAUGGCCUUGACUCUUUCUGCACCAGUGCAUAUGCAGCGCACCUAUGCGUACACUGAGGGUUUUUGAUAAGGUGCUUUGUAUAAAGGUGACAAUAGCGUUUAUUACAGAUGUUGUGUCUAUCUUUGAUAUUCUAAUAUUGAUCCUAUUUUGCGAAGAAGACUACAUUUAGGAAUAUCCAAAAGCUAGUCAAUUGUGUCUAUUGGUACUGCACAGGGUCUGAUCUUUAUUUGGUAACUUUUCCCCCCUUAUUGCUAAAGUAUGUUAGAUAUUUUCUAGCUUUGUAGAGAUUUUGUAUGUAUAUGCUAUUCAGAUUAAAUAAAUGGUCAGUUCCAAACUGUG